AUGAGAUUUUUUUCCACAGUCAUUGCCGCAUCUUUCGGUGCGUUAGCUACUGCUAGUCCUCUUCUUCCCGUUCUUUCAUCGAGGGAUACCUCCGUUACUCAAUCAUCAUCCGUUAUCCCCAGUUACACAGUCCUCAACAAUUACUGUGAAGCCGCGGGCCCGAAUGCUUAUGUCGGAGUUCAAUAUGAUAAUGAUGUGAUAACCUCCUAUAAUUAUGGUGAUUGCUAUCCCUACGUCGUAAAUGGCAGUACCGCAUUGGCAGCCGUUUUCUGCAAAAGUGUCAUCUGCACAAACUGCUCCGGCAAUGAUUGCACCGACCCCAACAUUGUUCUCACAGUUCCAAGGAGUUUAGUUUUGGUCAAUCCAGCGGGAGUUGUAACAACAGUCUUAGGAAAGGGCGCGAUUUGUCAAAAACUCCCUCUCGAUCUGCCAAUUUAA